AUGACUAGUGCGGCGGUAUACAGAAUGAAGCACAGCGAUAACACUGCUAACCAUCAACUCGAGGAUGGUACUACCCCGGUAGGGCACGGCUCAUCCAGAGCACUGUCGGAAGAGUCGACGUACGAAAGUGCUGCAUCCGAGUACUAUCUUGCCCUCAGCUACAAUGGGUACGAUUUCUUCCGAUGCGUCGUGGAGAUUGCGCUCAGUGUGUCCUUCCUUUCGGCGAACAGCAAUUUACUACGGCUACUGGUUAGCUUCAAGGAAACGGAAUCGUUCAUAGUGAGCGAAGUGUUGGUGACCGUUUCGAUCGUACUGCAGAUUCUGGUUGCCAUUUCCAUCGUAACGAUCACGCAGGUGAAUGAUCCAAGUCGAUACGCAAAGAUGAAAGCAUUUGCCGUGACGGGUGCGAUUAUCAUUUCGCUCGUCAAUCUGCUGAUCCCGUUCAUGAUCAAUGUGGAACACUCGCGGAUUGAUUUUGGCGAAAUCUAUCGAAGUUUUGCUGAUCAUCCUGGACAAUAAUUUAGCUAGCUAGAAGAUAGAAGAAAUUUGGUUUUAAUAAAACUUUAAACAUAUCAUUUAAACAA